GCCACCAUGGCGCACCUCCGACGACCGACCGAGGUGCGCGGGCUCUGCUUUCUCCAACAAACAAAAGAAAACGAAAAGAGCAAAACCAGACGGAAACGAUCUCUACCUUGUGUCUAUCGAUCUAUCCACCAUGACGAAACUCCAGAGGGGCUCUCGAAUGGCGCAGACGAGUUGGACCGGAAGAGAGGUCGUGACUAGACUUCUCGUGAACUUGUUCUAUUUUCUCUUGGCCUACGAGUGCUUCAUGCUAUACUUUGAACAGUCCGCUCAUAGGGAUCUUGCAGCUACUCCCAACCUCCUACUUUCUACCACCGCCCGAACGGUGGGUAUCGAUGUGGAUGUCCUCAGUAUUGGUUCCAAGUCUCGACUGGAUCGUUUCCAAGCGCAGAUUGAAACAUGGGCUCGAUCAACCAGUGACGGGGGUCUCAUUCGAAAGGUCUACCACGGUACCGAAGACGACGACUGGGACGAAGCCUGUCGUGAUGGGUCAUUGACUACCGAACAAGCUGUUAAUGUACGACAAGUCUGCAACAAGCUGUAUCGGACCAAUCGCGCGCUUUGGUAUAUGCGAAGGAACAUCAACUUGGGAUUCUUGUGGGACAGCGAUAAACUGAGACCGGGGUGGCUUUGUGCCCAAAAGCGCCUUGUUUUGGCAUUGGCUCGAGUCUUGAGGGGGUACAAUCAGAACAAUAAGGUGCCAGAUUAUCUCUUAUUGGUGGACGACGAUACUUGGUACGACAUGGACAAGCUCGUCGACAUUCUCCGUACAACAAAUUCAGAUUCUCCGUACGUGGCGGCCGGCUGCAGGACGCAUCACUCCAAUCGACACGUGAUUUACUAUGGUGGCAUGGGACUGGUUCUUUCCAAGGCAAGUCUCCGACGUAUGCUUCGUCCCAUUCUGGAGUUACCCGACAACGCGAAUGAUGAGUGGGAGAAGCACGUUCUUCACAAACUAUCCGAGAAUUUGGCAAUGGAGAAAGACUUGCAUCAACCCGGCAUGAGCCUGAUUGAGCUGAUGGAUGCCUACGUCAAGGCUGAGGCAUAUCAGAAUGCGAACCAUUGGGAGCGAGGCUUUUGCUUUCACAGCGACAACUUUUUGAGUUUUAUCAUUGAACACUAUCGUAUUCACGAAACAAGCAUCAUGGAUGUCUUGGUACCGGAGGGCGUGUUUGAAAAGCAUGAUAUCGUACAUCAUGGUGUAUGUACGUUGCAUGCCAAUUGCGAAGACGAUUCCAUGAUGUGUCAUUACCAAACACGAGAGGACAUGGUAGAGCGGACCGAGAUGGCAAAACGGGCAAGACUGACUGUCACAUGAGUGCAUGUCGUGGGAUAUUAGGGUUGCUACAUCUAUAUAUUGGCUCUUGCUUGGAUCCGCCAAUUUUAGCGAAUUUCUGCAAAACGAUCUGUUGAGCAUUGUUUUGGGUGACACUGCAGUUGAAGGCGAGGUCCUAAUAGAGGAACUCUUUGUGCCAUGUUCGUCGAGUGAAACUGCUCGUUCCUGGAAUCCAUUGGUCAAUGCAAAACAGACUGGGAGCCGGGCAAUACGAUGUGGAUCCCCACUGCAUGGUGUGGUCAUUGGAUCCAGGUGACGUGUUGAAUUCGGCCCGCUGGGCAUACCCUCCGAAUGAAAUUGCGCCGUUGUUCCUGGCUUCCAGCAGAACUAAAUCCAGCAAAGUCCUAGCGUACUAGUUCAUCCUAUCUAACCAAUAUCUAUAGUACGUAGAUUGAUGGUGGUGGGUACAGGAUAACCCUAAAUCAAGUCGCUAG